AUGAAUACUAUCAAACCAAACAAGGGUUGUGCAGCUUGCAAACAUCAAAGGAGAAAGUGUUUAUUAAAAGAUUGUCUUUUAGCUCCUUAUUUUCCGGCCAAUAAACCAAUAAUGUUUCAUAAUGUUCAUUGUUUGUAUGGUGUUGUUGACAUACUGAGGAUUCUAGAUGAAGUUCUAGAAGAGAAGAGAGAUUUAGCAAUGAGAACAAUUAUUUAUGAGUCAAAUGUUCGUGCGAUAUAUCCGAUUCACGGAUGUGUUGAGGUUAUUAAAGAAUGUUAUGACAGGAUUAAAGAUAAUUUUGAAGAGUUAUAUCAAGUAAAAAAGUUACUAGAUUAUUGUAAAGUAAAUCAUUUACAAUCACAAAUUCCAAAUCUUCAACCAUAUUUUUUAAUGGGUCAUUCUUUGAGAGCUUCUACAAGUUCUCAAAUUCCAAAUCUUGAACCACAAUUUUUAAUGGAUUAUUCUUUGAGAGCUUCUACUAGUUCUCAAAUUCCAAAUAUUCCAAUAUUUAACAAUGUUGGUAAUAACUCUAAUUAUUAUCACAAUAGUGAAAAUAAUAUAGAAGCUACGAUGAAUGCAUCUUCAUCUAAUACAAAUUAG